AUGUUAAAGGAUAAGGAACAGUUAGCGUUUCUCGAGGUUAACGUUCGGGUGUUAACCAUGGAUGCUGAAUUAGAGUUUGCCAUUCAGCCAAAUACUACUGGAAAACAAUUAUUUGAUCAAGUUGUUAAAACCGUUGCAUUACGUGAAAUAUGGUUUUUUGCAUUACAAUUUACUGAUAGUAAAAAUUUUCCAGUUUGGUUAAAAUUAAAUAAGAAGGUUUUAAGUCAAGAUGUUAAAAAACAACAACAACCAUUACAAUUUAAAUUUCGUGCAAGAUUUUUUCCAGAAGAAGUAUCCGAAGAACUUAUACAAGACGUAACACAAAAACUAUUCUUUUUACAAGUUCGAGAUUCAAUAUUAAUGGAUGAAAUUUAUUGUCCACCAGAAACGUGUGUAUUAUUAGCAUCCUAUGCAAUGCAAGCGAAACAUGGUGAUUAUAAUGAAGAGUCACAUAGACCAGGAUCAAUGGUUAAUGAACGAUUAUUGCCAAAACGUGUAAUAGAACAAUUUCAAUUAUCACCUGAAGAAUGGGAAAAACGUGUUACUAAUUGGUGGAAAGAACAUCGUGGAAUGUUAAAAGAAGAAGCCAUGUUAGAAUAUUUAAAAAUUGCUCAAGAUCUUGAAAUGUAUGGUGUAAAUUAUUUUGAUAUUAAAAAUAAAAAAGGAACAGAAUUAUACCUUGGUGUUGAUGCACUUGGAUUAAAUAUUUAUGACAAAGCUGAUAAACUGACGCCAAAAAUUGGUUUUCCAUGGAGUGAAAUACGAAAUAUUUCGUUUAAUGAUAAAAAAUUUGUUAUUAAACCAAUGGAAAAGAAAGCGCCGGAUUUUAUAUUUUAUGCUCCACGUCUAAGAAUUAAUCGUCGUAUAUUAUCGUUGUGUAUGGGUAAUCAUGAAUUAUAUAUGAGAAGACGUAAACCAGAUACAAUUGAAGUUCAACAGAUGAAAGCACAAGCCAAAGACGAAAAACAGGCGCGAGUAAUUGAAAGAGAACGUAUUCAAAAUGAAAUUGAACGUCGUAAAAUGGCUGAACGUGAAAAAGAAACAUUAAAACAAAAAUUAAAAAAUUUAGAAGUACAAGCUGAACAAGCUAAACAAGCAUUAGAUGAACAAAGUCGUUUAACAAAAGAAAUAGAAGAAAAACGUGCUCAUGCUGAAGAGGAACGAUCACGUUUAGCACAAGAACGAUAUGAAGCAGAAGAAGAACAAAAACGAAUAAUGGAUCGUAUGCGUUAUGAACAAGAAGAAAAAGUAAAAAUAGUACAAGAAAUUGAACAAGCAAGACGACUUGCCGAACAAAAAGCUCAUGAAGCACAACAAAAAGAAAUCGAAGCAAGACGCCUGGAAGAAGAACUAUUAGAAGCAAGACAAAAAGUAAUGCAAACAACCACUCAAAUGAAUUCGGGUAUGAAUCAUCAUUAUAAUCAUGCAAUCGGUGAAUUUAAUAAUGGAGAUGAAGAAAGUGACGAUGAUGAUGAAAAUAGUAGUAGUCGAAAUAGAAGAGGAGUUGAAUUACAAACGAAUAUAAAUGCGUCAAGACAUGAAGAAGAUCGAAUUACAGAAGCACAAAGAAAUAUAAAAAUGAAAGAGCAAUUAAUGGCAUUAAAAGAUGAACUAGGCAGCGUUCAUAAUCCUCACAAAGUGACCGAUAAUGAUCGUUUACAUCAACAAAAUGUUGCAUCUGGUCGUGAUAAAUAUAAAACAUUAAAAAUGAUUCGACAGGGCAAUACAAAAAAACGUAUUGACGAAUUUGAAUCCAUUUAUGCACCUUUAUCUCCUAUAUACGCUGAACAAGAGGAUGAUGAUAAACGAGAGUUGGAUAAACGAAAACGUGAUGACAGAGAGACAGCUGAAGAUACUAUUUAUCGUGAAAAUUUACAAGCAAAGGGUAUUGAUAAAUAUAAAACAUUGAAAAAAAUACGUGAAGGGACAGUGAAACGUCGUAUCGAUGAAUUUGAAGCUAUGUGA